GCCCACCAAUCCUGCGUCUCGUCCACUUCGCCCUGGUACGUGGAGAAUCGAUCUGUAGCCCCGGAAAAUGUCUGAUUAUAGCCCUACUCGCAAAGGCGACGGGCCCCAAAUACCGGAAGAUUAUGAGCAACGCGGAUCCCAGCCUCUCAUUGGCACCCAAUCACCCGGUGUUGCGCGCAUUGAGGCGCUGAGCAAGCAUAUCACGACUGGCAACCGAAUCGCUAUCUUCAUUGGAGUUUUCUUCAUUGCUUACGCGUAUGGUCUGGACGGCACACUACGCUAUGCGUAUCAACCUACAGCAACUUCUGGAUUCGGAAACCACUCGCUGCUCUCUACAAUCAACGUUGUUAGGGCUGUUGUCGCUGCUGCCGCUCAGCCUACCGCAGCGAAGAUUGCAGAUGUGUUCGGUCGUGUGGAGCUGAUCGUCUUCUCUGUUUUCUUCUAUGUUCUGGGAACCAUCAUCGAAGCAUCCUGCACAAAUGUUCAGGGAUUUGCCGCAGGUGCCUUCCUGUACCAGGUUGGCUAUACCUCCCUUCUAUUGCUAGUUGAAGUCAUUAUCGCCGACACUACAUCCCUUCGGUCCCGUCUAUUCUUCUCUUACAUCCCCGCAACCCCCUUCAUCAUAAACACCUGGGUCGCGGGCGAUGUCGGUGGCGCAACCCUCGCCGCUACGACAUGGAGAUGGGGCAUCGGCAUGUGGUGCAUAAUCUUCCCCGUUGCCUCCCUCCCACUCAUCCUCUCGCUGCUCUGGCUCGGCCGCAAAGCAAAAAAGUCCGGCGCUUUGGACGACUACAAGACACCUUACCAGAUCUACGGUCCCAGGAAGAUCGCCAUAGCCCUCUUCUGGCAGCUCGACGUCAUCGGCAUCCUCCUCCUCAUCACGGUCUUCGGGCUGAUAUUGGUCCCCUUCACCCUCGCGGGCGGCGAGAGCACGACCUGGGGACAAGCCCACAUCAUUGCGCCCCUCGUCAUCGGCAUCCUGUGCAUCCCCGUGUGGAUUAUGUGGGAGAGGCGUGCACCGCACCCCAUGCUGCCUUUCCACUUAUUCAAAGACCGCGCUGUCUGGGGUGCCCUGGGUAUUGCUUUGUUCCUAAACUUCGCCUGGACGUGCCAGGGCGACUACCUCUACUCCGUGCUCCUUGUCGGCUUCAAUGAGACACCAAAGUCGGCGCUGCGCAUCACAUCUCUCUACAGCUUCGCUUCAGUCAUCACGGGUACGCUGCUGGGUCUCGUGGUAUACAAGGUGCGCCAGUUGAAGCCGUUCAUCCUGUUUGGCACAUGCCUUUUCAUGGUCGCAUUCGGGCUGCUCAUCCACUACCGCGGAGGCGUGUCGGGCUCUGCUCACAACGGCCUGAUCGGCGCGCAAGUACUCCUCGGCAUUGCUGGAGGCUUCUUCCCGUACCCAGCGCAAGCCAGCAUCCAAGCGGCUACGAAGCACGAGCACGUUGCUGUCAUCACCGGUAUCUACCUUGCGUGCUACAACAUCGGAUCUGCUCUCGGAAACACCGUCUCAGGCGCCAUCUGGACCCAAGUCGUACCAAGCGAACUCAGUUCCCGUAUCGCGAACCAAACUGAGGCGGUGAUGUGGUAUGCCAGCCCACUAGACCUCCUCGCCACGCACCCACCCGGCGAUCCCGACCGCGAUGCCGCAAUCGACGUGUACCAGCACGUGCAGCGAUUACUCUGCGUCACCGGGAUCUGCCUCUCCGCCAUCUUGAUCUUCUUCGCCUGCGUGAUCCGGAACCCGAGAUUGACUGACGAGCAAAGCUUGUCGAACGCGGAGGAGGACAUCAAGCAUGAGGCUCCGAGGGGAAGCAAGUGGGCGUUCUGGAAGCGUUAAGGAGUGGCAGGGCGUCAUCAAAAUGCUCCCUUUGUGGCAGCGCAUGUAUUACUAGUAGCGGGUCAACGAUAUGCAAUUUCUUUUCAUCGACAAGGCUACUUGCCGCAGGUGUCGAAUGCCACAAAGUCAACGACCCAAUCUGCAGAUAUUUCCGAAU